UGCGAAGCCAGUCAGGAGUAGUAACAGCGUCUGGCGCUCGGCGUUGCAUUGAACUGCUUUGAUUACUAGAGUCGGAGCGUAAAGUCUCUGCGUGCGUCUUCACGCAUCUCAGCCAUUACACAGCAGAAAGUUUUUUCUAAUUUAAUUACCGUUCGCUAGUUGAUCGUCGAGGUUCCCGUGGAUCAGAGGAGCCAUGGAUUUGGUGUGUGUGGCGUGUUUGGUGCUGAGCGUCGGCGCCUGGUUCGCCACUGCGGACAGACACAGCGUCUACUGGAACAGCUCUAAUCCAAACUUCCUGUGGGACGAGUACACGGUGGACGUGCGCAUCAACGACUACCUAGACAUCAUCUGCCCCCACUACGCCCACGGCGAGGUGCCGCUGCACGCGGCCGAGCGCUACGUCCUCUACAUGGUGGAGAAGGAGGACUACGAGGUGUGCAAGCCCCACUCCUUCGACCAGCUCCGCUGGGAGUGCUCCAGGCCCUUCGCGCCCCACGCCCCCGAAAAGUUCUCGGAGAAGUUCCAGCGAUUCACGCCCUUCACCCUGGGGAAGGAGUUCAGGCAGGGAGAGAGCUAUUAUUAUAUCUCUAAGCCGAUGCAUCACCACGGCCAGGACUGCCUGAGGCUGAGAGUGGAUGUAGUCGGGCGCAAAACCCCUGGAAAUCCUCAGUCAGACAAGCCCAAGGCUGAAGACACGGGGAAAAGCUCGGAUGCGGGAGACCUGAAGUUUCACGUUGCCGGAGGAGUCCACAAUCCCUCCAACCGGCUCCCAGCAGAUGACCCUGCUGCAAUGGAGCCAAACGUCCAGAGGAGCGUCGGCAGUUCAGCGGCACAGCUGGUCUCCCGGUCACUCUUCUUCACCGUCAUCCCCGUCUUAUUAGGCCUUUCCCUGCUGCACUGAGGCUGACUCCUCAACCUCAACACAGACUUUACUAACCCAAUGCUGGUAAUUGGGACCAUGAACUCAGAGAUUUUUUUUUAUGAAGUUUUUGAAGAAUUUUUGAGAAUGGACGGUGCUGUAGGUGUGUGUGUGCGUGUGUGUGUUUGGUGUUCUUUUGUUUGGCUUUGAAUUGCGUGAAUGUGGAACGUAGAGCGUUCCAAAGAAGAGGACCUCAAGUUUUUUUUUUUAAGUGAAUUUUCAGUUUUAACCCUUUAUUAUGCACAUUUGUCUUUAGCCAUUACGAUCAAAGAUUUCAGCAGACGGAUCAAACCCCUCAACGGGUUGCGGUCAAAGUGAACAAUUCAAGAAGAAUGCAUUGUCCUCGUUAUGAUGUGUUUUCUCAAUGUCAUUGGUGCAGAUUGUGUGUUUUGGAGAUGUUGUCGGUUCCUGCCGUCGUGGUUAACCUGAUGUAGGAUUUUUCUCAUGUUGUGUAGCACUCAGCUCCCUGAUUUCCCUGUGUUGAUGACAUUUACAGAGGAGAAAGUAGACAGAUCCUUACUAAAGGUCCAACUUUUCUUUUUUGGUGCACGCUCUUAGAAGAGAACCAUUAAAAUGACAUUCUUCAAGCCUCAUGAUCACCAUCUGCUUUUCUCAGGAGAGUUUAUGGUCCAAUGUUGGGAGCCACUGAACGAAACAACAAAAGGUAUUUUAGGGAGCUGAGCUUCCUCAGUCUUUACUGUGUAGUUGUCCAUUUCUACUGUCCUGACCGUAUCAUGGUAAACUAGCAUUAAAAAUCCCGCUGGCACACAUUCAGACCACAAGCUGAAGGGAUACUCCACAGUACUUGUACGGAUGGGUUUUUUUUCUUGUUAAACAUACUUUGUUUUGUAAAUGUUAAUAUGUAAAUUUGUACAUACAGACAACUAUAAAACUGUUUCAAGAUGUGAAAAUCUUUAGCUAAAUAAAAAAAAUAUGUGAUGUAAUAAAACAUCUAUGAAGUC